AGGCGGGUGACUCGUCCCCGCGCUCCGCCUUUGCGCCGGGUCCCCGCGGCGCGGCCGGCGAUAGGCGGCGAGGGCGGGCCGGUGCGCGCCUGCGCGGGAGGCGGCGCCGGGCAGCGAAGUUGGUCUAAGCGCCUGUGAUAAAAUGAAGAAAAUGCUGUGUUUUUAACUGCAGAAGAACAAGGCUUUGUCUUCCUGUAAUUCUGAAGUGAAAGUUGUCAUCAACAAGAAAACUAAAACCAUUUAAAGAUAGGCAUUAGUAGUAGAAUGCUGAAACAAACUUCUGGAUUAGCUUCAUUGGCUUUCCUGCUUCUUUUGCAUCCCAAAGCAUAAGCUUAAAUCGUCUCAGAAGGACAAGGUCCGCCAGUUUAUGGCAUUUACCCAGGCUGGUGAAAGGACUGCUAUAUACUGCUUAAUGCAGAAUGAGUGGAAACUAGAAGUGGCAACAGACAACUACUUCCAGAAUCCAGACUUGUACUACAAAGAAUCCAUGAAAAAUUCAGUAGACAGGAAGAAAUUAGAACAAUUGUAUAAUCGAUACAAAGACCCACAAGAUGAAAAUAAAAUUGGCAUUGAUGGGAUUCAACAGUUCUGUGAUGAUUUAAGCCUAGACCCAGCCAGUAUCAGUGUUCUGGUUGUAGCAUGGAAGUUCAGGGCAGCUACUCAAUGUGAAUUCAGUAAAAAGGAAUUUGUAGAUGGCAUGACAGAAUUGGGGUGUGACACCACAGAAAAACUAAAAGCUCUAUUGCCAAGACUGGAACAAGAGCUAAAAGAUCCAACAAAGUUUAAAGAUUUUUAUCAGUUUACUUUUAACUUUGCUAAAAACCCUGGACAAAAAGGUCUAGAAAUUUUAGCAGGAUGCAUAGUACCUUUUAUUAAACCAGCCGCCAUUUGUACAGGUGGGAGUGGGAAGGCACAGAAGCCAUUCUUAGAAAUUAUUUUGGUGAUACCCAACACCGUCAUCUUCACAAUGCAGCAGAGUUUGCUCCAGAAAAGUGGCCCGGAGGAGAGAGAUCUAGAAAUGGCAAUUGCAUAUUGGAAUUUAGUCUUGUCAGGAAGGUUUAAAUUUCUAGAUCUUUGGAAUAAAUUUUUGAUGGAACAUCAUAAAAGAUCAAUUCCAAAAGAUACUUGGAAUCUUUUGUUAGACUUUGGAAAUAUGAUUGCAGAUGAUAUGUCCAACUAUGAUGAAGAAGGAGCAUGGCCUGUUCUUAUAGAUGAUUUCGUGGAAUAUGCACGACCAGUAGUCACAGGAGGAAAACGUAAAACUUCCUAACCCCAGACUUGUCAGUUUGGACUAAACAUGCGCUCUGAACUGCAUUAGGUAAUGAAGAUUUGUUAACUGAUAACUGUGCACAUUGAUGCUGGUUUCGGUGGUCGUGAUGAGAUUCUGCAGACAAAACUGAAAUUCUUCCUUUCUGCCUAAAGAAAAUGAUUGCUGACUCUUGAACACUUCAAGAACAAACUCGGAAGAUAGUCCAGGCUGUUUGUAGGCUAUUGGCUUCAAUCAUUGUACUGGUUGUAUCAUAUAGGAUGUAGAUUUUGCAUGAUUUUAUACUUUGGAGAAGUUUACCUAGAGGCCGUUUUAUUAAAGUUUUGACAGCACAGCAUGCCAUUCAGUUCAUGAUCCAAAGUGAACACCAGCAGUUACAUAAAUAAAACUGUAUUAUAUUGUACUUAUAUUAAGAGCAGUAUUUGUGGUAUAUAAAUUAAAUCCCUAAAUAAAACUUA